AUGAAGACACUUUUGUUUCUAGGUAGCUUGGUAGUUAGUUUUUUAGCUUGUGAAGCACGAUGCAGAUCUGGCUGGCUGAGACAUCGGGACAGUUGUUACUUGUUUUCUAGAGACAGGGCAUCCUGGGGUGAAUCAGCGGCUGUCUGUAAUGCUUUCAAGAGUCACCUUGCAACUGUCUCUUCUGCAGAGGACUAUGCUUUUUUGAAGAUGGAAGUCAACCGAUAUCAUUCAAAUCCAAACCGUGUUGCGUAUUGGAUUGAUGGAACAGAUAUUGAAGCUGAAAAUACAUGGCGUUGGACGUCUACUGGACAAAUGAUUGCAUACUUGCAUUGGGCUCCCUACCAACCGAACAAUGGCAAUGCAUCUAAUUGUAUGUGUCUGUUUGGGGGCCUGUCAUUUGAUAUGGCUGACGAACAUUGUAGUACAAGCUACAACUAUAUAUGUCAAAUGAGAUAUAAGGAAAAGAAGACUGACAACAGUUUGCCCUACCAACCUCUGCUACCUGCAACUGGUUGCAGAAACGGAUGGGUACGAUUUGAAAAUUCGUGCUACUUUUUCUCGAAGGACGCAGAAACUUGGGCAGAAGCAUCGAUUAUGUGUACGGAUCUGCACAGCCAUCUUGCCAUUCUUGAGUCCACUGCUGAGAAUACCUUCUUGAAGGCGGAGGCACGUCGUUUAAAUGCAGUGGGAUAUUGGAUAGAUGGAACCGAUUUAGAGAUAGAGAAUGUAUGGCGUUGGACUUCAAAUGGGGACAAGCUUGACUUUACUGACUGGGGAAGUUCUCAACCCAAUCAAGGAACAACGGCGAACUGCCUAGUGCUUUGGAGAGACUUCUCGUAUCAAUGGGCCGAUGAAGGUUGUAGACGUAUAUAUAACUUCCUUUGCGAAAUGAGCGUCAAUGGCGAGGGCGACCAAGUGAUCGGAUGA